CUAUCUUUCCAAUAUUCAAAAUCUAAGUUCCAAUGGCUUUCAAGAAAGAACUCAAAACAAACACCCUAUUAUUCAUCAUCAUAGCCACCUCCUCCAUCUUGAAAAAUGUCUCAGCUCAGUCCUCCUCAGGCUGCACUUCAGCUCUCUUAAACCUAUCCCCUUGCCUUAACUAUGUAAUGGGUAACAUUACAACACCUUCAUCUCCUUGUUGCACUCAGCUUGCAAACAUAGUUCAAUCACAACCAAGUUGUCUAUGUUUAUUGUUCAACAACAAUAUUGGCAUCACCAUCAAUCAAACUCUUGCUCUUCAACUCCCCGGCGCUUGUAAUGUCCAAACUCCAGCCAUUAGUCAGUGUAAUGCUGUGGCAAAUGCUCCAAUUGCUUCUUCAUCCUCACCAUUAGGUUCUACGGUGCCUUCACCAACAGAGUCACCCCAAAUUGAGACUCCACAAACCCCUUCAUCAACAACAAUUGCUCCCUCAACAUCUUCGGGGGCAGGGUCUAAAACAGUUCCCAGUACUACUAAUGUAUCGUCGUCGGAUGGAAACGUUGUUAGUGUAUCCAUUCCAAUUGUGGCUCUCGUCUUUGUGGCAUCAGCGGUUUCGACACUCGUCAAAUUCUAAGUUUCUUGUUUUAAAGUUGAGAUAAAGGAAUUAUUUCUUUAGAUUAUAUAUUUGUGUUUUGUAUUUGAUCAAGUCCUUCACUUUGAUUGAGGAAGUUGGUUAGCAUAGUGUGUGUGAUUGUAUUAUUUCAUAGAAUUCAUGAGUGUUUCAUUGAUGAGAUGAUUGAUUAUAUAUAUAUAUAUAUUUGUUC